AUGCCUUCAGUUUCCGAGGGCUACAAUCUGGGUACACCUUCUGGAGGUGGACUCUCACAUGGAGGAUCUAUAAAUGGUGUAGCAAGUGGAAAUGGAGAUAGUGGUGAAGGUGCCACAGGAAAUGGUGGAGCUCUUGGAGUUGGCGGUCCUGUAGGCGGUUGUCAGGAUGGUCAAAUACUACACGUAGAUGGAUCUUGUGUGACUCCCGUUAUCACGAGAAAAGUAUACUUAUAUAAUGCUCCUGAAGUGCCCAAGGGCCCAGGCGGUCCUCCUCCGAGUGUGCCACCACCCAAGGUAGAACACAACAUCCUGUUCGUACGUGUUCCUGAGGCUGCUCCACCACCUGAACCCAUCAUUGUUCCUCCAGCAAGGCAAGAAAACAUUGUCUAUGUUCUGAAUAAGCAGGAAGAGCAAAGUCAACAGGUGAUCGAGGUUACACCUCAUCCAGCUUCCGACCCAGAAAUCUAUUUCGUGAACUACCAAGAAGGAGAAAACCCAACCCUUCCUCUUGGAGUAGAUCUUGAGACUGCUCUCAGCGUUGCCAGUGCAGCUGGCGGUGACGUGAUCGGAGAUGGCGACGGUGCUGGAGCCGGAGGUAUUGGAGGCGGCUUUGGAGAGAAUGGAGGAUUCGGAGGAGCCGGUGCUGGAGGAAAUGGAGGAUUUGGAGGAGCUGGAGUAGGAAACAAUGGAGGAUUCGGAAGUGGCUUUGGAGGAGUGAAUGGAGGAAAUGGCGGCUUCGGAGGCAAUGGCGGCAGUCCGUCAAACUUGUACACCAACCCUUAA